AUGCGAUCAGCAAAAUUUGCCGAAACCGCGUUAAUUUCCGUUAUUACGCCCUAUUUGUGGACAUUUUCAUUAUUCGCUGUUGUGAUGCCACCGUUUAUGAUAAUGCCUAGGGCAUCUUCCGUACGGCUUUGGUUGUUCCACCUAUUUCGGAUUAUUUUCGCAGUCUAUAUACUGUUUCAAUUCACUAUUAACUUCUGGGUCGAACACUUAAACAAUACGACAAUCAGUAUUUUUGUGCAGAAGAACUCUAUGGAUAGUAUGACAUAUAUUUUAAGUAUUGGCAUCAAUAACAUACAGCUCAUAGUGCAAGCAGUGAUCUAUACUCAAGCAUUAACGGUAGAUCAACUACUACGGAGCAUACUCGGUAGCGUGAAGCAGCUAGAAGCGGAGAUACGACAACAUUGCUCAGCCGUGUGUUCAUUGCGUUCCAUACGUUGGCGUUUUCAUCUACGCAUAGGCCUUUGGUUAUUGAUAGUAUGUGCUUUUCUGGCACAUCUGACUUAUGCACUCGCAACGACUACACUAACACCACUUGCUAAAGGCAUUACUGCGUAUUGCGCCGUACUAAUUCAGAUGAAAGGAGUUGAGUAUUGUGUUAGUGUGCAACUGAUACAUGAGCUCUUGCAUUUGGUGCAGCAACAGUUGGUGCAUUUGAGACGUGAAUUGGCGCACUGUGAAAGUUUGGAGCUGCGUUGGAGUUUAUUCGCACAAUUGCAAACCAAUCAAAAGCUUCUUUCACGCGUCUGGCAUCUACUGAAUCAAGUGGAACGAUAUUUUUACCUGCCAAUGUUCAUGCUGUUCUUUUAUAAUGGAUUUAUAAUAACACAAACCAUACAUUGGGGCUAUAUUAAUUUUGAGCAUGAUGACUUUAAUCUGCGCUCAUGUCGCAUUGCCUACAUUGUCAUGAUGAUAAUUUCAUUGUUUAUACCCUGCUACCGGAGUCAGUGCUGCAUUGAUGAGUACAAUCGCUUCGGCACAAUAUUGCAUAAAUUAAAAACCGUUGGUGGUAUUGAUGAACAGCUGAGUAUGCGUUUGCAGGAGUAUUCGCUUCAAUUGAUGCAUCAGAAGAUGUUAUUCACUUGUGGUGGCUUCUUUGAUAUAAAUUUGAAGAACUUUGGAACGAUAAUUCUGACGAUUGCCACUUAUAUUGUUAUACUCAUACAAUUCAAAUUACAAGCCGAAACGGGAAGGAAAUCGAGAAUUGAAGUGGGUAUGGAGUAAUAAAAAAAAUUAAUAUAAAAAAAAAACAACAAAAACAGACAGAUUUCUACUGCAAAUAUCGUUAAUAUAUUAACUGAACUUUGUAGAAGAUAUUACAUAUUAAUAUUAACUGGAAAUUUGUC